UAACCAUAACCUCGAGUUGUCCUUCGCAUACAUGCAGACAGAUCUCGCACUCCAGAAUCACAAGAAUCUUUCUCACUCCAGUGUCAGCAGAGCUAAUGGAGACCGACUUCGGGAUGUAUUCAACAAAUACGCGUCCGUCGAAAGAAAUGGGGACCAGUUUAUGACACCCGAAGACUUCCUACAGUCAUAUCUCGGGCUCUAUAAUGAAGAGAACGCUAAUCCAAAGACUGUCAAAAUGUUGGGCAGUAUUCUGGACACAUCCAAAGACGGUCUCAUAUCGUUUAUGGAGUUCCAGGCCUUUGAGGCGGUGCUGUGCCAACCGGACGCUAUCUACAGGACUGCCUUCCAGUUGUUCGAUACGAACGGUUCCGGGUCUAUAACUCACGACGAGUUCGAGGAGAUCAUCAAACAGACAACUUUACAGCAGAAGAUCCCCUUUAACUUCAAGUCUGAUUUCAUGGGAUUACACUUCGGUGGUGACCGCAAACGAACCGUCACUUACUCUGAGUUCUCGCAAGUGUUGCAUGACUUCCACGAAGAACACGCCGUUCAGGCCUUUAAGAUCUACGACAAGACCAAGAAGGGUGUCAUCUCUGCCAUGGAUUUCUCAUAUAUUAUGCUUAACUGUAAAAUUCAUUUGCUGUCCGAAUACGUGAAACCAAAUCUGGUGGCAGUGGCGGGCGGUGGGACGGGAGGCCAUUUGGUUACGUUUCCUUAUUUCAUGGCAUUUAACUCAUUGCUCAAUAACAUGGAACUCGUCAAACGGAUAUACCUGUCCUUCACUAAAGGCAAUCUUCAGCUCGAGAUGACUAAAGAGGAGUUCUUAUACGCGGCUCAACAGAUGUCUCAAAUGACUCCUCUCGAGAUUGAGAUCCUCUUCCAUUUGGCCGGUUUUCUGCAUCAGAGGACCGGAAGAGUUAGUUAUAUAGACUUAGAGCGCAUCGCUCCCUACCGGCCCACCCGAUACCUCUCCAAACCAAUCGCUGAAGUGAAAGCAGUGGAAAGCCCUGCCGAUCGGGGGUUUGGCACUCAAAUUCUUGAAAGCCUUUAUCGAUUCACUUUGGGCUCAAUUGCUGGUGCGGCCGGUGCCACAGUAGUCUAUCCAAUAGAUCUGGUGAAGACCCGAAUGCAGAACCAAAGGGCGGGCUCUUAUGUCGGAGAAUUGAUGUACAAGAAUAGCAUAGAUUGCGCCAAAAAAGUGAUUCGACACGAAGGCGUGUUUGGUCUAUACCGCGGACUAUUGCCUCAAUUGGUGGGCGUGUGUCCUGAAAAGGCUAUCAAACUAACGAUGAAUGACUUCGUGAGAGACAAACUGACCACAGAAAAGGGUGAAAUCACGCGGACUUCAGAACUCAUUGCUGGCGGAUGUGUUAGUUCUCAUGCCGGUGCUUCACAAGUCAUGUUCACAAAUCCAUUAGAAAUCGUUAAGAUCCGUCUGCAAGUGGCCGGUGAGAUAACCAGUGGUCCCAAAAUCAGUGCUUUGGGUGUAAUCAGAGAACUUGGAAUUAGAGGACUCUAUAAAGGCUCAAAAGCUUGUUUUCUUCGGGACAUACCGUUUUCAGCGAUAUAUUUCCCGGUGUACGCCCACAUGAAACUAAACUUCGCUGAUGUGAACGGACAUAACAGCGCGCCCUCCCUUCUUAUAUCAGCCAUGAUCGCA